GCCAGUGGACACGCCAGGCGUCGAGGGGAAGGGGGCGGCGGACGUUUCGGCGGCGCCCACCGCUGGCGUGGGCAGCGGGGAGUGCCUGGCGUCCUGGGGCUGCAGCCUCGCUUUCGGCACGUGCCACCCACAGGUGGCCACGUUCGCGCUGGACCGGGUCGGCCCACGGGGCAACCUGCGCACCAUGAGGGGGGGCCAAAUGGGGCAGCCAGCAGCGACGGAUGGCGCACAGCGGCUGCUGUCACUCGCGGCCCCAGCAGGUCAACGGCUCCCUACCACAGGGGAAUCCCUGGUCCCCAGUGACCAUGUGCUGCGUGCUCAUGGGGCCAUUCCAGCAGGUAGCGGCCGAGGCCAAUGGUGUGAAGUGCAAGCUGUUCAUAGACGACCAGGCUAGGACCUCUAGCUCGCUGGCUGCCAUCAGGCGCGCCGCCGUGAUUUCGCGGCGCUGGAACGCCGUCGUGGGCCCCAGGGAAGACGCAACCAAGCAGCAGUGGAUGGCACGGCGGUGGGGAGGACAGCGCAGAUCAUUUGAGACCUCGCGGCUCCCAGAGGCGCAGCGACCUGCCCAACCGCUGCCACCGUCGUGGCCUCCUGGGAGGCACGGCGGCGUGCAGGGCGCCCACGCGGCGCGUGCCCACGUGGCACGUGGCGCCGUCCGUCAUUCUGCCGCGCGACGCUGCUGCAUCGCAGUGCGCGGAGCGCUGGAACGUCGCGUAGCGCACGGCGUUGUCCUCAGUGGCCCAUUCCUACCUGCGCGUCGCGCGUGGCCGUUCGGAGUUUUGCAUAUCACGCAACGUGGUAUGGUGUACGGAGCGUGCUUAUACAUAGACGCUUGGCGAGAAGACGAAAAGGAA